CAAUGGCAGGAUUGUUCUCCUGAUAGGAAUACUGUCCUUUUGGAUGUGGCAUUCAAAUGUUUACAUGAAAAGACACUCUGAAGAAUUUUCCACAAGAAAGGAACAAAAAAAGUAUCCUGUUUUUGUCCAAUUGCCAAGCCUGUCUCUCUGUUGUUCAGGAGGACGCGGUGGGUCCGACAUGUCUGCCAAAGCCCCCAUAUACCUUAAACGACGAAGCCGCAAAGGAAAGAAGGAAAAGUUACGUGACCUUCUCUCGUCGGACAUGAUCAGCCCUCCACUGGGAGACUUCAGACACACCAUCCACAUCGGCAGUGGCGGGGGCGCAGACGAUCUUUUCGGUGACCUAUCUUUCCUACAAGGUAAAUUUCACCUGUUACCAGGUCAAGAAGGUCACCAAGGGUCAUUCCAACUAAGUCGCACAGCGAGUGUAAGCAGUCACCCGCCGGCCUGCGAGAGCUCGCCGCUUUUGAAAAAUGCCUUGUCACUUCCUAUCAUUGGAGGGGUGCAGGCACUCACCCUUCCGGCCCCCACGGCCACAGCUCCUCUGACUUCAGCAGCGACGGCGGUCACUGAGGUCCCAACAGCACUGUCAACGACCCAACUACCACCAGCAUCUCCAUCUCUCGCUCCACCUCCCAAACCUCCCAGACUGCACCUGGAAGAGAGGAGCGUGUCACGGCAUACGUCACUGCCUGCAUCCUCGAGCCGCUCUCCACUUCAUUUGCACACACACAAACAAAGUCCAGAUCCUGAGGAAAAUGAGAAGUGUGUGAAGGACGGAGAUGAGGAGGAGAAGCCGUAUCUGUCCAAUGCUGGCUCUAUGCUUUCCCUCCAUCUGGACUUGGGGCCAUCGAUCCUAGAGGAUGUGCUUCAGAUCAUGGACAGCCAGAGAACAGGGACAUUCAGUGGGCGACUUACACCCAGUGGACGACAAGAGAUAUACACCUGAAAGUGAACAAGAGAUCAGAGUCAAAGCUUGAUGGUACAUAAAUGGACUAAUCACGUUUUUCUUCACAUAUUAAAACAGUUUGCCUUCAGAGAAAACUCAUUUACCUGUUGUACAGUUGCAUUUGCUUGGGAAUUUUGACAUUUUUGGCUCAUCUUAUAUAUAAUCUUUGGAAAAAACGUUGGAAGCGGGGCCAGUUCAAGCUGAAUGUUCUAUCGUUGCGUUUUUCUGGGUUCAAAUGGAAUUUAUUUCUCUUCAUUUUGGACAACCAUUACAAGAGUACACCAAUUCUGGCUACUCUUAGAUACAUUUUGAAACAUCUGAAAGCAUUUAAGCAAGCACGUGUAAAACUACCUGCAUUGUGCAUGUACCAUUAAAGAGCAACACUACAGGAAAAGAAAAACUGACAUUUUUCUCUUUCAAAGCAGCAAUGACAUCAUCUCCCCCUCUGUGUUGUUGCAAUUUGUGUAAUCGGGUAAAAAUGCGCAGCUCCUCCCUAAUGAUCUGGACACACACACAUGCCAGGAGGCCUCUGCAUCUACACCCUUUCUCUUUUUGUUGGGAGUAGUUUUCAUUGUUCCGAAACAGAAACCCAAAGGCUGUUUUUUCACGGACCAGAAUAUAGAAUGUUUUCCUGUCAUAAAAUACCCUUUUUUUCACUGUUUGGUUAUUGUUGCAGUGUCUACAAUCCCCCAGGCUUUGACAGAUGAUCACUUUUCUUUGGCAGCAGUUUUUGUGAGUGGUGGGCCUUAAGGAAGGUUUUGUGUUAUCUUGGUAUCCCCCAUGUAACUUACCCCGCAUGGGUUAAUAAUGCUCUGUGCUUCCUGUUCACAGGUUAAGACAUAUUAGUAUUAAUAUUAUUUUGUUAUAUUAUAAUUUCUAAUAAAUAACUUUUAAAAUUUUUUAUUAAUUUACCACAAAGUGUAUCAAACCGUUAAAAAGGCGGCAAACAUUAGCAGAAAUAGUCAUACUGCAAUAAACUUUAUAUGACGCUACCUUUGCACUGUAACAGCAAUAACAAAAUCUACUGUAUUGAUUUACACUCACCAGUUCUCAUAUUUAAAAAAAUAUCUACAUUUGGGAUUUGAAGCAUUCUCAUUUUUUCCUCUUCUCAAAAACUCUGUACCAAGUAGCAAGUGCUAGAUUCUUGGUUCCUUAUUUAUUUUUCUUUGUUCUUACAAGUGAAUUGUCUUACAGUUUUAUCCUUACAUUGUGAAUUUCAUUUUAAAGCUGAAUCUAUAUCCAAAAUCACAAUUCUGUGCACUUCAUUUCAUUUUUGAUAUACAUCUGAUCAUAUCGUAUGGUAUACCUUUGCAUUUGGCUAUGUACUUAUUUUUGUACAAAAUAACAACUCAUUUCAUUACACUAAAUAUGAUCAUUCUGAACAGGGAUGUAAAUGUUAGACAUAGAAUAAAUAAAUGUUAUCACUAAUCGUAGCUCUUAGUGUUUAUUAAGAAUUUACCUAGACAACAUAAACCAGAAAUGUGUGGCAUAAUAUAGUCACUUUUACUGUUCAAAUAAUUUUAAAGAGACAAUAGACAAUGAAAAUAUUUAAAAAAAAUUGUAUUAGUUUAGGACAAAAUAUAUAGCUCAUAUAAGCCAUUGUGUUUAAUUAAGGGUGAUCAGGGUUACUGAGGAUCUUAUGAUUUUGCAUCACUGAAGCAAACAAAUAAAAAUAAAUUAAAUAAAAGCACAAUACAUAAAGUUCAGGCCAACAAUAAACAAUUCGGUAAAUAUAGAUGGGUAUGUGUAAGAAUAAAUAGGCAGAUAUAUUACUAAAAAACACACAUUAAUAAGCAUCUGGAUCAAUAUCACCAUAGAGUGCCUUUCAAUUCUCACAAUAUUCAAAACUUUUGGUUUUAAUUUCCUAUUCGCUUUAUGACGUAAAUAGUAGACACUCAAGUACUAUUAGCUGAGCUUGCAAAAUAAUUAGAUGACAGGAUUUAUUUAAGGGGUUAUAACACAAAAACAAACAUCUAAACUCCAUUUAAUUGUUUUUAUAUUAUUUUUUCUGUCACUAAUCUCUAGAUUUCUCUGUCAGUAAUACUUCUAUUACUUCUCAAAAUAACCAUCGAAUUUGGCAUCUUGAGAGUCAGAUCUUCCCAAUGAUAUGUAUUUUGCCAAAAUUAUAAAAAGUUUUGAUUCCAAAAGACCGUAAUGCAUUUUGUAAUAUGACGCUUGACACUGCCCACAUGGGACAUAGCAAAAUUACACGCAUCCUCUUACACAAAACUAAAAAAAAAACUAUCCAGAGAAUGUAUUUAAAGAGCAUCUAAACUUGGCCUUAUAUACAGUAACACACCCUUUCAUAGUCAUUUUAAGUUAUCAAGGCAAAUGAGUUAUUUGUGUACAGGACACCAAAAGGCACCCUACAGUGAUAUUGACACAUCUCUAAAAUAGUUUUUUACUCCACCACAGCAAAACACUUUGACUAUUUAUGUUGUUUAAUAUUAAUGCUAUUUUCAGUAAUACAGACUUGAGUUAUUACUGGGUUUUAGAUUAAACUUAUUUCACAAAUACAUUACAUUCCUGACAAAUACUUUUUACCUUAAAAAUGCCUGAUGGUUUUACACUGAAGGGGAAACAGCUGCAUCUCUGUGGAAUAUUAUUGCAUUGCUGCCUUAUCAAUAAAAGUGAAUCAUUAAUGCCUUUGACUACACGUUAACCCUCUACAGCACUUGUUCAGAUCUGCACCAGGAGAUAUUUUUGCCCACGUGUUGGUUUUUAUUGUGCUUUAUUCUGUCAGAUUCUGUACUAGAUGUUAAGUGGAUGUUUGCUGCUGCUGCUGCUGCUGUAAGAACUACAAUAGAUUUACAGAAUAAGACAUAGAGACAGAAACAUAAUGGUGAAUAAAUGCCUAUUUCUGAUCCAACA